AUGCUUGAUUCGAUGUACUUGGCGCGUCGUCACUCGAUAAUUCAAGGUUACAGUGUUGCUAUCGGACAACCGUGGUGGAUUCAUAAGUACUCAGUGCGAAGGCCAGAGCCGUGACAACAACCCCCAGCCUUACUAACAUACAUUCCUCUAGGAAAACACCUUUCAGUUCCGACUCGCUACGCUAGAGAGAAAAAAAAAGAUUAUCCAAAGUUUACCGUCUCUUCUUCGUCUUUUACCUCAUUGGCAUCAUUAUCAUCGUCACCCUCAGCUUCUAUAGCGUGAUGCAACAUGUUGUUUAUGAUUCAAAAUUGUGUUUUUUUUUCUUUUUUUUUACCAUCUGAGAAUGGCUUAAACUUAUCUUAUCACGUCAUGCCACCACAACAGCAAUGCAGCAUUGUUCCACGCAUACUUACAUGUAUAUAAAAUGUUCCUUAAAAUGCUUGAGAGUCAUGUCAUGAAGUACUCUUAUAACAGCUGCGGUCAUAAACGGUCCCCUAUCAACACCCUGCUAGACUCCGAUGUUUUUUACCUUGCUCCCUCUACACGUAGCGACCUCUGCGGUGCUGGAGAGCAGUCAUAGCAAGCUGAGUGAGGGAGAGCGUCAGUCAGUAUACCUGUGCACCUCGCCAUGGACAAUACCAUCGUAGCCCUCCACGGCGUGAACGACCUGCGCGUGGAGUAUCUUCCCGUUCCGGAAGUGGACCGCGAUGAGGUGCUAAUACGCGUAACAAAGGUGGGCCUGUGCGGAUCUGACCUGUGCGCGGUGUACAAGGGCACGCAUGGGGACCUCAGGAUUGGCCUGCCCUGCGGCCUGGGACACGAGGCGGCGGGGGUGGUCACCAAGUGCGGCCAGGACGUCACGCAUGUCAAGCCUGGAGACCGAGUGACCAUCGAACCGGGAACCUUCUGCCGCACGUGUGAGCUCUGCCUCACCGGGAAGCACAACGUGUGUGCCAACUCCAGCUUUCACGGGUCCCCGCGCUUCUAUCCCGGGUGUCUCGCCCGCUACUACAAGCACAAGGCUCUCUUCGUGUUUAGGUUGCCAGACUCUAUCAGUGAUGAGGAGGGCGCCGUGGUGGAGCCGCUGGCCGUCGCCGUGCACGCCUGUCGCCGCGCCGAGGUGUGGGCGGGGUGCAGAAUGCUGGUGACAGGCGCGGGGCCCAUCGGCCUGCUGUGCCUCAGUGUCGCCAAGGCUCUGGGCGCCACCAACAUCUUGAUCACCGACAUAAAGGACAGCCGCCUGGCGAUGGCCAAGCGGAUGGGGGCGGACCACACUCUACUGGUGACCUCCGAGGACACCCAGUGCCAGGUCCAGCAGGUGCAGCAAAUAAUGGGCUGUCAGCCGGACAUCACCAUGGAAUGCAGCGGCACCAAGGCGGGGCUCUCCCUCGGCAUCUACGUGACCAAGUCUGGCGGAAAAUUGGUGCAGGUGGGAGUGGGAGCCCCUGAAGUCACCGUUCCCCUGGUGCACGCCGCGGUGCGAGAGGUUGACAUUUUAGGCGUCUACCGCUACGUUAACUGCUUUCCUAUCGCCAUCGACCUGCUGGCCAAGAAGCUGGUGGACGUGAAGCCUCUCAUCACGCACCGCUUUAACUUUGAAGAGUUCCAGAAGGCCUUCGACAUGUUCCGCUCGGCAGAGGACGGCGCCAUCAAGUGCAUGAUCUCGUGCUAGCAGGGCCGCCGCAGGCACUGCAGGGAACGGGAACACGAAGACUUCACUGAAUGUAGCCUUUCCAGCGUGUCCUGAAAGCCUCCUCAGACACGUGCACCGAGGCUGUGGCGAUGGCAGUGGUGAAUGUCAACACCCAGUAUGGAAGUCAAACAGAAAUAUGAUAAAAAGAUUAAAUGUUCUUUGAAAAUUUACGAAUAAACAGAUCGCAACUUCA